CUUUCAAACAGGGCAGACAGACAGAGAGACAGCGAGUCGGACGGCCCGUGUGACGGAGGGGAAUCGAGCUCUGGACAAACCGCUGCACCGCACACUCCAAACAAGAACUGUUGUCUUUUGAGAGAGAAAAAAAAAGAGUGAAGAAAAGAAAGAGGCAGAGUCAUUGUGGAUCAUUUUCAGGGGGAAUAUCCUGCACCACAACUUGUUUGUUUUCUCUUUCUUCCUCGUCUUCCCCCCUCCUCUCAGAUCUCGAUGCUUUGCUUUGGGAUUUGUGCUCCAAAUCCAUCAAAUUCCUCUCUUGAUCUUUCUCUUUGCCAUCUGAAACACUUUGAGCUACAAAUUUUUUCCAGAACUUUGCAACCCAACAAAGUGAAACAGACGUUUGCAGAAUUCCACUCGGACUAAAAGUUGAAUCCAAGCCCGGUCCUGGAAUGAAUUUAACCGAGUCCAGCUUGUCUAGAGAGACUCUCCUGCAUGCCGGACGGAUGUCCCUCGGGGGCCCCUGGGCGUCCGGGACCCCGAGUCCUGCUUCUGAUUCUGAAAUGGGCUUUGAACAGAACCUCUCUGGGGACUGCAGCUCUCCUGAUGGCCUUGGAAGCGUGAGGAGAACAGAGGCGAGGAUUUCUCUGACGCCCAGUUCAGGAGGACAGAGUCCGGAGCUGAGCCAGGCGGGAGGCGUGUCGGCGGGCACGGCUGAUGGGAAGCCUGUGGGGGGCGAGCAGAGGAUCCGCAGGCCCAUGAACGCCUUCAUGGUGUGGGCUAAAGAUGAGAGGAAGCGACUGGCCGUGCAGAACCCCGACCUGCACAACGCUGUGCUCAGCAAGAUGCUCGGUCAGUCCUGGAAGGCCCUGAGUGCCACAGACAAGCGACCAUUUGUGGAGGAAGCAGAGCGUCUCCGUGUGCAGCACCUCCAGGAUCACCCAAACUACAAGUACAGGCCUCGCCGCAAGAAAACCACCAAAAAACUAAAGCGGGUCGAACCGGGGCUCCUGCUUCACAGCUUGGCCCAGGGCGGGGCUCCAGGCCUCGGGUUAGGACCUGGUGCAGAAAGCGUCACUGGAGGAAGUUCUGCUUACGGACAACUCAGCGGCCACCCUCCGCAUCACCAUCACUCCCACCACCUGCUGCACCCUCUCGGGCACUUCAGGGACCUCGGGGCCCCGGGACACUCUGAGCUGGAGAGCUACGGCCUGCCCACUCCAGAGAUGUCCCCUCUGGAUGUUUUGGAAGAUGGAGCCGGGGAAUCUGUGUUUUUCCCCCAACAUGUGCAAGAGGAGGCCGGGAUGGGAGGUUGGAGCGGCUACCACCACCUCCACCAUCAUAACCAGCAUUACAGCCACAAUUACAACAACCACAGUCACCACAACUCCUUAAACGGUGCAGUGACACACAGUUCAGGAAUGACUUUGAAUUCCAGUUUGAGUCCAGGCCGAAGUUCCAGAGUUGAAUCAAACAUGACCUCGAGCAUGAGCUCCAGGUUGAAUCACACCUCCGGUCACCACAUCGCCUUGAGGAGUCCCGUAAAGUGCCCACCACCUCUGUCCGACUCCUCCUCCCCUGUUUCCUACCCCCAGCCCUCCAUCAGCCUCCCUGAGCCAAUAAAAUCCCACCAAACGCCACAUCAACCCUCCGGCUACUUUGGCCAAAUGUACGCCAACAGCGCUCCAAAUGCUGCGUAUUACAUGCCGUCUCACCUGGGGCAGCUUUCACCUCCUCCUGAGAGUUCUCCUUCUUCCUGCUCCUCCUCCUCCAUCCCCACAUCAACCUUCCCUCCACCUUUGCACUUAGACCCUUCCAAUCCCGAGUCCUCCUGCCAUCUGGGGUCGUCUUCUGCUGAGUUUUGGUCCGAAGUGGACAGGCAUGAAUUUGACCAGUAUGUCAAUGUCGGGAGGACUCGAGAGGAGGCCUACGGACGUGGUGGAAGCUGCGGGGGAGGCUCCAAAGUCCUGAGCGGGCGCAGUAGCAGUAGUGUAGGUAGCGGCAUGAAUGGCAGUAUUCUUAACAGGGAUGUCAGUAGCAUUUUGAGUGGUGCUGGUGGGUGUGAUGAAGGGAGCAGCCCUCUCAUAUCGGCUCUCUCUGAUGCCAGCAGUGCUGUCUAUUACAGUGCCUGUAUCACUGGAUAAAUACUCCAUGAUCUCAUCUCUCUUCUGUACCUCCAUACAUACUGCACAGUUUGAUUUGGUUCAUCUGAACCAUUUGUACAUGUUGUGGAGGAAGUAUGUUGGGAAGACUGGUUUUGGCUCACAUUGCCAUUUUUAAUGUAUCUCACAGAUUCCAAAUCUUAAAUCGAAACACUAAAAACAAAGAUGUGGAUGAGUGUUUUUUACUUUUACUGGAGGCAAAGUGGGAUGGAGCCAAAACUCAGUUUUUGAAAAAAUGUGCUAACUGGAAAAAACUGGCAAAGUAAGCACUUUUGUCAAAUUAAGUAAAAUUACAAAUGCUAAUGGCUUAGUUUUAUAUUAACAAUUAAUUUCUGAACAUGAUCUUGUACAGUUAGCUGCUCAGCUAAAUAGCUUUCUUUGAUAGCCACAGUGUGUUUAGUUAAGACUUGGGAAGAGACAGGUAUGUCAGCUUGCUUGCAUGGGUUCGUAGACUUCAGUUCAAGGCGCCUUUGCACCUUUGAUCUCUAGCAAAAGGUUUUGGCUUUUUGCUGAGCAACUGCAAAAUCAGCCACUGUCAGUCAUUUUGCCAUAGAUGAUUAAAUUAGCUAAAGGUGUUUGCAAGCUUAAAGGAAUACUUUCUACCUUAAACGUUUUGUAUAUCAAGUACUACCAAUUACUACCCACAUUUUACCUUGAAAUCAUGAGAGAAACUUGUUUUUUUGCUCCACAGGAGUUGAAUUGAAGUCAUUUGGUCACACAUCUAACCACAGCAAAAUAACAUCAAAACAUUUGUUUAAAAACUCUCACAUAACUCCUUCACUGUAAUCCAAGUCUCAUUUUAUCUAACAGGUGCAUUUUUGCUAAAAUGUUUAACGACAUCUACCUACGAGUGGUGCACUGUAAGCUUGCUUUUGUUUGCACUGAUGCAUUUUAAAUCAUAUAGGAUUUAACAAAAAGGCAUUUGGGGUAAAUACUAUGCAUAUGAAUGCAUAACUGAGACUUGGAUUAUACUGCAAAGGCUGUGAGUUUGUAAACGGCUGUUUUGAUAUAGUUUUGCUGUUUGUAAAUGCGGACCACAGUGAUUUUAGUUCAUGAAAUUUGUUUUGGGAUUCUCUGCUCACUGUUGGGGCAUGUGAUAAAAGCUUUCUUUACAAAUUCAAGGUAUAACAUGCUGAUAAACAAAUGUUCAUUUUGCAGAGGAAAGUUUCCUUUAAGGAGAAAACAAUGGACCAUUUCUAUUGCAUCACUCCAAGCUUGAUGCUCUUUAUCAAGAUAUCAUAUGCUGGUCCAAAUGAAUAGCACAGAUAAAUGCGUCCUGACAUACAGUGGUGCCGUCCAGAUUAAAGUUUGUAAUAUUUUGAGUUUGGGCAAAGAAAAUAGAGAAAAAAUGUGCUGGGUAUGUAAAGAGAAGGCAGCUGGAGAGCAUGAUAGAAUAGCAUUGUGUUUUUAUACUGAUAAAGGGUGCUAGGUCUGUGUGUUAAUGGCCCAGGAAUCUUAUCAAUAGCUGGUUACAUUUUUGACCUGAAGUUGUUCUGGUGGCUACACAGUCUGACGGAUUCGGCAAGUGCUUGUCGUAGUUGAAGUACCUGCAAAUACUCGUUCCUGGGGUUUUCUUUCUCUGCACUCUUCGCCUCUGUGGUGACAGACUGUAGGAUUAUGCAAAAUUGAAUUGCACUGUACUCUGGUUAUCAGAAAAAUCCACAACUAUGACAAAUUCAAAGGUCAUCUCAUAUCAUUUUUGACGUUUCAUCUCAGGACCAGACAAAUAUUCAUCUCCACUGAACCACACAAAGUUCAGGUUAAUUUAUCUCGUUUGUGAAAUGGGGAACAUGAAGGACAAUGAAGGAGACACUCGGGAGAUGGACAGUGAGAAAAAGACUAGAUGGAGAGACUUCAUUCAGCCUCCACAUGCUUCUCAGUGCUGUCGGAAAGCCAGAGCAGACCACGGAUGUCUCCCACAAACUAUCCGGAUGUUUUACAAGCCGGGUCGGGGGGUUUUCGAUACAUGCCGUUCCCUCUCAGUCCAUGACAGGGCCUCACGUCAAACUCUGUGCCAAAAUCUGCAAGUCUCAAGUUGCUUUGCUUCCUGGCAGAUAUGUUGAUGAAUCAAAGAUCAUUCUUUUCAACCAGUAAGCCUCUCUGGUAUAACAAACAUAUCACUUGUUUAAACAAAAUGUCUUUUUUUAUAAGUUAAAAAGUGUAAUUUAGUUCCUCAUAUUUCAGAAAAUUAGGCUCUACAAAUGAAGUGCCAUUCGAAUAAGUCUUGUGCGGUAGAUCAUGAAAACAGUUUCACUUUAUACUUUAACAUUCAUCCUGUCAUACGUCAGAGUUUGACCACUAUAAUUACAAAUUGCCCCGUCCUUAAUGUCACCGACUCAUUUAAGGAUAAUGGUAAGCCUUGUGAUCUUUGGAAACCUUGUUUUGAUGUAGCCUUUUACUGUAUAUAUAGAUGCUGUGCCUUUUGGCAGUUUGUGAAGGAGAAAUUGAGACUAUGAAAUGUUCUUUUUGCACUGGGUUUAAUGUCUUAGCUGUAUAGAAGGAACACUACUUAUUGAAAGUCAAAUGUUUAUAAUUUUAAAUGUGUUUUUGUACAGAAAGGACUGUGCUUUUUUUUUUGUUGUUUUAUAGAUUCUGUUUUAUCAAUGUCUUUUCUUAAAGGAAUAGUUUGAUAUGUGGGGAAAUUAUUUGCUUUCUUUCUGAGACUUAGAUGAGAAGAUUAAUACAGGAGCUGGAGUCUGGAGGCGAUUAGCUUAGCUUAGCAUAAAGACAGGAAAUGGAGGGAAACAGCUAGCCUACCCUCUUCAAAAUUAAAAAGUCUGCUGUGUAGCACCUUUAAUUGAUACUAAUUAACAUGUUUCUUCUUGUUUGUUUAAAGGGAGAGUUGGAAUCGAAGACAGGCUGUACAUAUCCAUUGUUACUCAGUACGUUUACACGCACCGUUCAGUGGAGCUACAGUUAAAGCUCAGUUAGGCCCUUAAAUCCGACGACUGCUCUUGAAUUGAUUUUAUGCGCCCUUUCACCUCCUGGACUUUCUUCUAUUUGAACUAUUACAUCACAUACCAAACAAGUUAUCAAGAGGCAAAUGGUUUGCAUGUAGUUAACUUUACGUCUUGUACGCACGCUACACUUCAUUUGGCACCUUCGUCUCGUUUUGUUUUCUUUCAUUCUUCUUCUUUUAUUUUUCCCAACUUUCUUUUCUAAAUUCAUGCUUCUUGACUUCUGAGUCAAAGUACAGGGAUUUUGGAGCACGCGCAGAUCACCCGGGCCGGUUCAGAUCCAGUUCAGGCAUAUAAAUAAAGGUUAAAUGACCCCCAACUGCAUUAUCUUGGUGUGUUAGUCCAACUUUGAGAAAUUCAACUUAGUACGGUUUCAGUUGAUCUAUUAACGUGCAUUUUUUAAAAAUAUUUUUGUGGGACGGAUAUAAUAAUUCGACUUUAUUUUAACAUCAUGUAAACGAACGAACAGAAAACAAUCAUUUGUGGGUUUGUUGUUUUUUGCCAUGAAAUAGUUACACCAUAUAACUUUCUUUAAAACCACAAACUGUUGAUUAAAACCUACUAAUUAAAUUUAAGGUAUUAAUUAGACAUUUGGGCUAAUCCAGGCUAGCUGUGACCCCAUGCCUGUUGUGCUAAAUUAAGAUAAUCCAGCUCCUAAUUUAUCCCAAAGACAUGACAAUAAUUUUGAUGUUCACACUAUCAGCAUGAAAGUGUGUUUUCCAUAUUAUGAACUAUUCCUUAAAGAUGAUUUAAAUGUCUAUAAUUGUAAAGAUCUCUUGUAGAUCUCCAUGGGUUUUUUAUGGGUUUACAUGUUACACUUUGGUCUACCAGCGACACCAGCAAACCAGAUUCUCUCCCUCCCACACCAGUGUUAUUUAGCUGAAAAUCAAAAUGAAAAUUUGUGGUUUUGUUUGUGCUGAGAAAAUGAAAAAUCAACAGUUGUAGCCACUGUCGAGGUCUCUCUGUAUGUGUUCAUGUAGCAUAUUUUCUGUAAUAUUUAUGUAUACAGUGGGAGCAAAACAACAACAACAAAAAAACAGAAGUCACUCUUCAAGAAUUUAUCCUGCAUCUGUUCUGCAUUAGUCCUACAGACAAUACUCUUUUGGGGCAUGAAACAGUAGAACAAAAUCGUGUAUCUCGUACAGUUAAAACCAGUUAUAUUUACCACACCGUUCCUUGUGGCCACCAUUGGUUGAAAACAGAGCAACAGUAGAUUUUUCCAAACAUUUCCUCUGAAAGGAUGGAGCCGCAGAGAGGCAGCAGUUCAAGCAAAGUAUUAAAAAAAUACUUCUACAUCUGCAUUUGACAUUCUUUUCUGUUGACACCAAACAGACUCUUGUUUCCAUUUUAAUUUACUGUGACACACAAAGAACAUCAGAGAGACAGGCGUUUUUAUUCUUUUUUUUUUUUUGAGUCGUGCAAUAACUCUGGGGCUUUUGGUAAUAAUUAUCUGAAGGAAAAAAAAGAAACACCCAAGAUUUUGGGAUUAAAACAAAGGACAUUUUCUCAGCAGUCAUAUAACGACAAAUUAAAACCAGGAUUUUCCCAGAAGUGUCACUGUGAUGCUUCUAAAUCUGUCUGACAGGGAUCAUUUUUAUAUUUUCUGUAGAAAAUUGUUUUGUUUGUGUUUGUAUUUGAAAAAUGUGGGUUGUCUGUAAAUGGAUCUGUUCUGUUUUUACAAAAUGUUUCAAAAUAAACACGUCUAAGGUUA